AUGGCGGCAACUACAAGUGUAACGUUGGACUUGGAGUUGGAGGGUGAUUUGGCUGAUCUUGACUUAAAUGACACCAUUGAAAAUUUCAAAUCGGAAAGAAUUGACUUGGAUAAUUUUUUAAGUCUUACAGAACAGCAAUUAAUCCGAUUAGGAGUAAAGACAAUAGGAGACAGGUUGCGGUUGACAGAAAGGGUAAGAUCGGAGAUAAAAAAGAGAAAUGCAUGUAAACCAGUUGACCGCAACGAAACUUUGGCAAGUCAGAUAAUUCAACAGCGAAAUACUUUGUUUAAUCGGAACAGAAAUCGCCGAGGUCAGAAGAGACGCACGGGCAGUGUAUCUAAUUCUGUAGAUGCUUCGGACUCGUCUAAAAUCCCACGCACACGUGGAACCAGAACAUGGACCGUGACUGUGGUGUGUUUGGCAGAUACAAAUGCUAAAAAAAUUCCAUCCGUAGAAGAAAAAACUAUUCUUAUGAAGGCUGGAUUGGGGGCUAAAAAAAUUCAGUUCAACUUGGAUGAUGAAGAAGAUGAUGUUCUUUUAAGACUACAAUCGGAUAAUAUAAAUAUGAGAAAUGGUGAGAGCAUUGGAUUCCCACAGUUACAGAAUUCUGGAGGGUUCGAACUGCUGAACUGUAAACAAAAUUGUCGGGAGCUGACAUUGAUUAAUUGUCAUUGGAACGUCAGAUCAUUAAAAUCAUACAUUGGCAAUCAAGCUAAAAUUUACAUUCGUCCUAUUCAAACUAGCCUAGAUACAACACCAAAAGAUCAGGGAGAAAUAUUAACUGAUGCAAAAGUAAGCUGCAAAGCCUGUCAUUGCCUGUUUUCAGUUCGUGAGUUAAGGGCACACAUUCAGACUUGCAUGGGUGGAAAAAGCAUAUGUGAAAAUGAAUUACUGGCACAAGAUCUAGAUAGUGAUGAUCUACCUGACCCAGAAAUUGGCAGGCAAGGGCAGUUGCCUGUUAUAAAUCCAACUCAAAGUUUCAUACCACUUCAAACCACAGACCAGGAUGUGAAUUUGAAUAAUACAGUUUUGUAUUUUAAUCCCCCUUUUGGUUUCAUUCCUGAGAAUGAGACUCAGCCUCAAAUGUCUACAGAAUGUAUUGUACCAAGCAUUGAUAGAAAUUCGUCUACUCCAAUUAUGAAAGAGGAUGAGUCUAAUCUUCCUGCUGCAAGUUGGACAAAUGGCACAGGCACACUUGAUGACCAGUCUCAAAAUGUUAGUAGCAGACCCUUACAAGCCUUUUUGGCAUUACAGCAAAGUACAACAAAUUCCUUGGAUGUUACCUCUGCCGCAAGUUGCAUCACAUCUGUUGAAGCGACUGUAUGUGCAAAUGCACAUGAACCGGUGUUUCCAAGUCCCGAGUCUGCUUCAGAGGAAAAGAGGCAAGAAGAUCAGACUAUUGAGGCAGUUAUUGCAACAGCAAUAGAAUAUUGCUUAAGUCAUAACAUUCAAGAUCCUGUUGAAAUGCUUCGAUAUUUACAAAGUGUGAUUGUUAGGGGACGAAAACUUGAAAUAGUAGAUACAUCACAAUGUCUUGAAGGUGCAACAAACUUCAUAAUUGUUGAUCGAAACAACAUUCUUGAGACUGCUUUUGAGGAAAUUGAUUCCAUUGCAGACCUUAGAACGACGCUUGAAGUGCAGUUUUAUGAUGAGACUGCUGAAGAUCUUGGUGGUCCAAGGAAGGAAUUUUUUCAACUUGUAUUAUCAGAGAUAAAAAGGAAGUACUUUGACAGUGGGCUUCGUGAACACCUUGCUAAGGAUUAUUUGACAGUAGGGAAAAUUAUGAGUUUAAGUGUACUCCAGAAUGGAAAACUUCCCAAAUUUAUGGACCCAGCAAUCUUGGAGGAUGUUUUCAGAGAUGAAGAUGGAAGCAGUGACUGCAUCAAGAAUUUGAGAAAGGGUCUGAACUGUUUAGGAUUAGUCAAGAUUGGAAGUGUGUUCCCUAUUUUUGUGCACUUAUUUAGACCUUCUCAGACUACAUUGACCCUGAAGGCUGUUAUACAGAUUUUAAAACCAGUAUUUUCUGAAGAGGGAUCAAAUAGCAGACAACUUGAAAAUUCUGUGUAUUCAGCAUACUUGAAAUAUUUGAGAGCAGUUGCUAGUGGGAGGAGAGGAUCUGUAUCCUUGCACCACAUCCUACAGUUUGCUACAGGUACUCCUGAGGAACCCAUUCUUGGAUUUACAUUGCAGCCUUCAAUCCAUUUUUUUGAAGUGAAAUCAAGUUCAGGGUUUAUCCCAACUGCAAACACCUGUAUCAACAACAUGAAGUUACCAAGACCGUCUUAUGAAAUUGCAUUACCAUCUGAAGAGGAACUUUUUGCAUUGUACGAUUAUGCAUUUUUGAAUACCUUUUAUGGUCUAUUUUGAAUAACUUUAUAUCAGCUACCUUCUUAACACUAAUGAAUGUUUUUAUUGUCUUCAUAAUUUCUUAUUAGGCUGUAUUUUUUAGCUCACCCGAGAGAAAGGCUCUGUCAGUGUUGCUAUCUAUUAACAUUUUCAGCUUCUUUUCCAGAAAGUCUUCAAUCUGUUCCAAUUUGUUCAAAAUUUACCCGGGAAAAAAGCAAUCAGUAGUUCAUCAAUGAUUAGUGAGUGUUGUUGCUAAAGGUCUUCUUCACACCUCCUUUUUUGCACUUAAUUUGAAUGGCAUUGGUACAAUUUACCUGGCUAAUUUGUGUGUGUGCCCUAAUUACAUUGUAGACAAAUAUAUAAGAAUAUAUUCCAGGAUGAUUUUGUUCAUUACUGGUUACAUUGAUAUAGGAAGAAACUCCUUAGAUUUUUAGGCCUGAAUGUCAAGGUCAUCCUAUGAGGACAUCUUUUGCUAUGGUCUUAUUUGGAGAAGUGUUGUGAAGGGUAUUCUUCAUUGCAGUGCCUAUAUAUUUUUAUGGCACAUGAAUUUCAGUGUAUCAUAUUACAUAUUAAUAAUAAAGAUAAAAAAUAAUAAAUAAUAAAAAAUAGGGUAAGGGUAUCAGAAGUGGACAUGAGUGGAAUGAUUUAUCAUGUUUGAUGUAAUUCUUUGUGAUUUGUUGAUCCAGAACAGUACAACAUUUGAAUCAAGUAUUAAAGCUCUAAUACUUAAUAUGGUACAUGAAUUUUGAUUUUUUGAGAAUUUUGAAUUCCUUCAAUCUUUUGUUUCAUAAUUUUUAUUUUUGUCAAACAUGGUUGAUGUUGAUUUAUUAAUUAUGGGAUUUCUUUUAGGUAUUCUAGGGAAGAAUUAAUGCAAAUAUCUUUGCUGUUAUGUUAAAAUAUAUUGUUAACCCCC